GUCAGGAAGACUAUGAUAGAUUACGACCCCUCAGCUAUCCACAGACAGAUGUAUUUCUGGUCUGUUUUUCAGUGGUGUCUCCUUCUUCAUUUGAAAAUGUGAAAGAAAAGUGGGUACCUGAAAUUACUCACCACUGUCCAAAGACACCUUUCCUGCUUGUUGGGACCCAGAUCGAUCUAAGAGAUGAUCCUUCAACAAUUGAGAAACUUGCCAAGAACAAGCAGAAGCCCAUAACUCCAGAGACAGCUGAAAAACUGGCCCGGGACCUGAAGGCUGUCAAAUACGUGGAAUGCUCUGCGCUUACGCAGAAAGGCCUAAAGAAUGUAUUUGAUGAAGCGAUAUUGGCUGCCCUGGAGCCUCCGGAGCCGAAGAAGACUCGCAGGUGUGUGCUGCUAUGAACGUCCCUCCACAGCCCCUUCUGCAAAGCUGGUGUUCGAUGUCAUACUAAAAGCAAUGUUUAAAUCAAACUAAAGAUACAAACUGUAAAAUUUGUUUUCGCAAUAAUGACAAAUGCCCUGCACUCCCAUCUCCCCCCUUCCCGAUUCCUGUGUGAGAUGAGAAUGUUAGUGUUUAUUCCCCAGUGCUCCCUCAAUUCAGUUAAACUAGUUAAUUUUGAGUAAUUAUUACCAGAAAACACUGAUCAGUACUAGUUUUUUAUUGUUUACUGUUUCUAAUUUUUUGUUUAAAAUCCAGGCAUGCUUGUGAUGACUUUUUCUGUAACAGACUAAUUCUAGGCUGUUUUACUGAAGCCUUGUCCCUUAUGCCAGUCUGGCAGGACUUCUAGGGCUGUUCUGCAGCCAGCCAGCAGCCUGGGUGUGAGCAGACGUCAGUACUAGAGACAGAUACAGGAAAGUAAAAUGUCCCAAGCUGGUGCUCCUCUAAGGAGGCGUGUAGAAAACGUAUCUGCAUCUCCUCUGAAGUUGCCUUGUAUCUCUUCCCAUUGCUUUCCACUGUGCAGGUCAUAAAUUUCUCCCCCCUCCUCUAAGUUAUGAAGCCUUAGGAAUAGGAGAAUCCUUUUCUCUGGAUGCACCGUUUGACUUGAAACUAGCUUGCCAGUCUCCUCCUUAAUCUUGACAUCAUAAGCUUUUGUCAUGUGAUGAAGAAAUAACCGCACCUUUUAAAG